AUGAAUCCCCCCAUGCAUUUGUUUAUUGCAUCACUCUUUCAUAAUACAUGGAAAAACAUUCAAGGUCGGGGAUCAUGUCCAGUGUAUGAGUCACUCUGAAUAAGACUCCUGAUACAAAAAAAAAAGAAAAAGACUUACGUUCGUGAUUUUAGACUAUUCUCUUGUGAAAUCUCAUGGAUAACUGAGAUCAGUGAACUCAGAGCACAUGGGAUGUUUUAGUGCCUCGUUUUACUCUGCUGUCCUGCAAAACAGGAAUGUGUCCUGUGUGUGUUUGUGGUGGAGGAGGGGUCGGUCCCACUGCUCGUCCCAGAGUCAAUGAGGCCUUGACCAGAGGUAUAAAGGCAUGUUUUACAUUAGUCGAGUCAACCGUGGGCUCCUUAUUCUGCUCAUCAUUGUGGCUCUUGCUCUUCUUUACAAAAACACCAGACUACAGACACUGCCCAAGGAUUCAGUACUUAAGAAAGAUGGGGCCAAAACAGGUGUGGAGGAUGAGAACGUGUCAGACACUGACAUACCUGUGGUCAUCUGUGCUUCAGAGGAGCGUAUUGGUGCUGCCAUCGCAACCAUCAACAGUGUCUACAGCAACAGCCGUGCGAGCAUUUUCUUCUACAUAGUUACCCUGCGAGAUGCCAUCAAGAAGAUAAGGGAAUAUAUAGAGAAGACCAAGCUGAGAAAAAUCAAAUACAAGAUCCUGGAGUUCAAUCCGAUGGUAUUGAAGGGGAAAGUCAAUCCGGAUUCCUCCAGACCAGAGCUCCUGCACCCUCUUAACUUUGUAAGGUUCUACUUGCCACUUCUUGGCAUUGAAAAUCACGCCCGGAUUGUUUACCUGGAUGAUGAUGUCAUAGUGCAAGGAGAUAUACAGGAACUGUAUAACAUAAAGCUGAAAGCGGGACAUGCUGCUGCAUUCGCCUCAGACUGUGAUCUGCCCCCAACACAUGAGAUGGUGCGCAGUGUGGGGAUGCAGACAACUUAUAUGGGCUUUCUGGACUACCGCAAAGAGGAAGUCAGAGAGCUGGGCAUCAACCCCAGCGACUGCUCCUUUAAUCCAGGUGUUUUUGUAGCAGACAUCGGUGAAUGGAAAAGGCAAAAAAUAACUAAACAGCUGGAGAAAUGGAUGGCUAAGAAUGUCAGGGAGAAUCUGUACAGCAGUGCCAUGGCAGGCGGUGUGGCCACCCCCCCAUUGCUGAUCGUCUUUCAUGAUAAAUACACAACCAUUGAUCCAAUGUGGCACGUCAGACACCUGGGCUGGAGUCCUGAUACCCGUUAUCCCAGAUCCUUUCUCAAAGAUGCACGCUUACUGCACUGGAACGGGCGUUUCAAGCCCUGGAACUACCCCUGCGUCCAUCUGGACAUCUGGGAGAAAUGGUUUAUCCCAGACCCCACAGGAAGAUUCACCCUGGUACGACCAUUGUCAUGAACCAUGUCACUUUGACUUAACACAAACCAAAGUGCUGAGGCUACGGAAAAAAAAAAAACCUAAAACACCCAAACUGGAAUCCUGUUAUUUUUUGGAGGGAGUUUGUAGAUAGAGUAAAACAAGGAGACACAUGGUAAAAAGACAAUUACACAAGUUCCUUUUACGGAAACAUUUAAUGGUUCAGUGGACAGGAGUCAGCACUCCACAACUGGGUCAGUUAAAUAUUAACAAAUUUACAAUCAUGGAGGAAUGUAAAAAACAAAUCCCAAACACAAACGCAUCACCUUAAAACAAAAAACAAUUCCUAUUCCCUUAACCCACCCACACAGAGAAAAGAUAACCAGCUGAGAUCGCCAUCUUCACUCUGAAUCACAGUCCGACACCCCGUCCCUCCCAGAUUUACAAUUUACAACUCGUCUUUGCCUGUGCUAUCCUGAAACACAGAGAAAUCCAUGUGUUAAGACACAUUAAGACAUAAGGAACCGUUAAAAUAGCAGUUCGCUAAUCAUCUCUCACAAUCCAGUUAUUUCAGACCUCUUCGAUUCUGAAUUAUGAAUUAAAUAUGGAUUUGGAACAACAUGAGGGCAAGUAAGUGAAGGUUUCCACACUCACCGAUUCUUCUUCUGCAUCAUCUUCUGCCUGGACCUCCUCCUCAUCCUCUGCUUCUUCUGUCUGCUCUUCUGGUUCCUCUUCUGGCUCUUCCUCUACCUGUGGACACAUCAAAAAGGAUAUUUAGCCACACUUCAAUUGAUCAACUCUCUUAUUAGCAGUGCUCGACUGUGUGUACCUGUUCAUCAAGAUCUAUGUUCAUGCUGAGACGCAGCAUACGCUCGAUUCGUUCUCCGUAUGCCUUGGUGUCUGCGAGUUGGUAGCCGGAUCGAAGUGUGGCAGUUUCAAAGAGCACAACGGCUAAAUCUGCAGCGGUCUUAUCCUCAGCAUCAUCCUACAACACAAAGCACAAAAUAUCAGACAAUCUGAACUUUUAACAGAAACAUUUUAAAUUAACUUAAAGCUAUGUUUGACUUACUGUAACUCUCUUCAACAUCUCCCUGAUGAGAGGAUGUUUGGGGUUGAUUUCUAAUGUCUUUUGGCUUGCGUAAUAACUAG